AGAAUCUAAAAGAACAAUUCUAGCAGAACAAACUAAACAGAACCACUAGAUCAUUGUAAGCAUAACAUACAUUAUGUAGUAAUAUUUGGAUAACUCAAUUGAAUUAUAUCCUUUCAUAUUUCUAAACCUUUCUUAUCCAACCAGAUAUACAUCAUGGAUAUCACCAGAGCAAUCAAUAAUCCCAUUGAGGAAUUUCCGGAGUUAGAAGAUGAAGUCUUCGAGAAUUAUUCCCACGAAACGGCCGAUCUACUUUUCAGUUACGAUACUUAUCUCAAUUCAGUCAAAAAUUCUAGCCGGAAUGAUCCAGGCAUUAUGCAACCAAACGCAAAUGAUGAUGAAAUCAACAAGAUAUUAAGAAGAAACAGUUCAUUGACUUAUGUACACCAGCCUCCACCCCACAAAAAUGAAUGGUCAGUAAACCACGAGUUAUUUAAACCAAUCUUAUUUGGAACCCAUUCUGAAAAUCAAACAAACCUAGAUAAUGACCUAAAACCAAAUCAAGAAGUUAAUCAAAAUCGUGAUAAUAACUGCAAUGAGAUCACAAUCAGUCCGAGAAAUGUAUUUAGAGGACUUCUGUCUGCUAAGGCAGUAUCACCUUUAGGAUCUUCCAAAACCUCCUUCAGAGGGAUUCCUAUGCCAAACUAUCAGAUCUUAUCAUAUAAUGAAUCAUCCGCUUCUGUUAAACGUCAUAAGAAAGAUAGUAUUGUUCCUAUCAAAAAACAUAAAAAGGAACGUCAAAGUGUUACUUCACCACAAACUGGUAACUCGAAAAUCAGUCAAAUUCAUAACGAAGUUAUUCAACAAGAACAAAUUGUUCCUGUUGAAUCUAUUGAUAAUUCGAACUCUUUCAUGUCAUAUAAUUUGAUUCCAACACCUGAACCUGUCGAACCUGAAGUUAUUCAUGUACAUGAGGCUACUCCAUCUCAUAAUGAAGUUAAUGUAAUUGUUGAUCCUUGUUUAGUUAACAAAGGAAUUGAGAAAGUUAGUGAACAAACUAUUGCAAAUGAAAUUAUUAGAAGAUCUAAAACUGCAAGAUCUCCAAAAUUCGAAGAAAAGGUGUUCCAACGUUUUAAAAUCGUGGCUAAUUCCAUUGUUUCCUUCAAUCACUCUGAAAAACAAGUUGAAUGUUUAAAUACUCCUAAGAUGGAGUACAACAAUUACAAAGGUCAUAUUCAUAGGGUUGGAGGUAACGAAAAGCAUCUAACUCAUCAUAUGAUACCUGAUCCUGGAUCUACGUAUACAAGACCGAUAUUAACAAUCUCAACUACUAUGAAAUGUUUUCCAACUAGAAUCAAAUAUACCAGAACCAUUCAAGAAAUCAAAAAUGUUGUUACUUAUAUUGAAUAUGUUCACAACAAAUCAUAUUCCGGUCUAAACCCCUAUGAACCACAAUAUAUGAGAUACGAAAAAGAUGAGAAUGGUGUAAGAUUGAAUAAAACUGCAUCAGGACUAUGUCCAUACUGUGAAGAAGUUAAAUUCUUACCAUUUAAGAAUUCAAGUUAUUUAUCCCAUUUGACUUUACAACAUGGUAUUUUUGCUUCAAGUUAUCUUGUUCCUGAACCUGUAAAAUAUGGUUAUUAUAAUGUCAAUGAUAUUGAAAAAUCAAGUACCGACAAGAAAAAUUCGGAAUCAGUGAAUGGAAAUGCAUCUGAUCACGACGAUAAUCCAGUCGCUAAUGCUGGAAACAACUUUGCUUCGCAUAUCAACAGAACUAAUACAAAUAUGGUAGACCAACAAGAUGACGAAGAUGAUAAAUCAUUACUGGCAGUCUUCAAUGAAAAUGGUAGAGUAUUAGGGAUUGUUAACGAUAAAGGGAAACUUGUCCAACUUGCCAAUGAAAAUGGAACAGCGUCAGAACCUGUGAAUGAUCAUAUAUCACAGACGAUUUUAGAACAAGCUAAUGUCAAGCUGAUAUCAGUGAAAAAGGCCGUUGCAUGUCCUGUUUGUAGUAAAAUAUUUGAAGUAUUUUGUUGGAAGAAGAAAACCAAUGCACUCCUUUCAUAUUAUCGACAUUUCAAGAAUGAUCAUGGUCCAAUUACUUCAUCUUAUGAUAUAGUGGUUUCUCAAAUUCCAAAACUUAAAAAUAGAGGAAGAAAAAUCAAGGAAUUCCUUCCUGAUGAAGAAAAAGCAAUGAUGAUGUCUCUUGCCCAAGGAUAUCCAAAUGAUAAGUGGUUGAAUUUAAUUCAUGACAACCAUAACUUGGACUAGUCUUUUACAAACCUAUGAUAUCCUCUCUGAACGUUCCUUUCUUGUCUUUUACAUUCUUGUUUCCUUUUC